AUGGCAGGCCGCAUGGUGUUGUACAAGUUGGUGGUGUUGGGAGACGGCGGCGUGGGAAAGACAGCCCUGACCAUCCAACUGUGUCUGCAACACUUUGUUGAGACUUACGAUCCGACCAUUGAAGACUCGUACCGCAAGCAGGUCGUCAUCGACGGCCAGCCGUGCAUGCUCGAGGUGCUCGACACGGCGGGUCAAGAGGAAUACACCGCCCUGAGAGAUCAAUGGAUCCGCGAUGGUGAGGGCUUCGUGCUGGUCUACAGCAUCUCUUCCCGCUCCUCCUUCACCCGCAUCAAACGGUUUCACCACCAAAUCCAGCGCGUCAAGGAAUCAUGCGCGUCGUCGCCGUCAUAUCCCGGCUCCCCUAUAUCUGCGGCGAGCCCCCAGCUGCCCGUGCCAAUAAUGCUUGUCGGCAACAAGAGCGACAGGGUAACGGAACGCGAGGUAUCAACACAAGAGGGCCACGCCCUCGCGCGCGAGCUGGGCUGCGAGUUUGUCGAAGCCUCAGCAAAGAAUUGCAUCAACGUCGAGAAGGCCUUCUACGAUGUCGUCCGGAUCCUGCGGCGCCAGCGCCAGCAGGCAUCGCGCCCCCCCGCAGGCUCGAGCGGUCGCUCGCGCACGGGCAAUGGCGACAUUGGCGGGCGGGAGCGCGAAGCUCCCCGGUAUAGACGCGGCAAAGAUGGCGAAAAGAGCAAGUCAAAGUGCGUCGUGUUAUAA